CUUUACACAGGAAGGUACCGGUCUUAAGGAUGUGCUUCCGGAGGCGUGAGGAAACUUUAUGGGCGUGUGACAUGAACCGGGAGGAACUUGAUUUCCAGGUAACAGACACGCAGGAGCUAGUUCAGGCUGUGGAGACGUUAAUGCAGUACCACUUUCCUACUACCGAAGGUCCUUUGUGGUGUGCACGUCUCCUUCCUGCCAGUGACCCUGGCUGCAGUUUCCGGCAGGAGUUGUCUGCCACUUUUCCCUACACCCGCACAUUACUGCUGGCCAAUCACCACGGCAUCGCCGAUGGUACCUCAAACAUGUACAUUGUGAACGCAUUCCUCAACGUGUUGGACGACAUGCUCUCCGAUAAGGCCGUCGACGACGCAGUUCAGCUGGGCAGGAUUGAUGCUGGAGAGGAAACCAACGAUAUAAUUACAACCCGGAUGAUGGAACUGAUGGAGGACGAAGACCAGUACCAGCAGCUACGAGAGAAUAUGAAAAAGUCAAAACAAGAUGAAAAAUUAAUCCCACGUGCUUAUCUGAUGGCGAAAGAUCCUGCUUUUUAA